AAGUCCACAAAAUCCGCGCGACGCGCCGCCACUCCGGCGCAACAACAGCUGUUUUGUUGCUCGAUGUUUUCGAAACGAGCAGUAACGCGCGUUCAAAUUUCCGUCGCGUUGUUGUGAUCGGCGAGUCGAAGGGUUUCUUUCUUCGCUCCGCGGGGGACUUUUCCUGUUUCCAAACGUCGGUGAGAUUCUUUCGGAUUUUUUCAAGACGCGAUAAAGAUCCUGAGACGUUGUCGCACUGUCUCAGGAUGGCACAGAAUGUGAAUCCGUUCAGCUCCACGCAAAACACGCCGACCAAAGCCGCCGAGGAGAAGCAAAGCUUGCCGAAGGACAAUCACGCAGUCAGCAAACGGUUGCAAAAGGAGCUUAUGGUACUGAUGACAAAUUGUGAGCAGGGAGUAUCUGCCUUUCCAGAUGGAGAAAAUUUAUUCAGUUGGAUCGGGACUAUCAGAGGACCAAGAGAUACAGUAUACGCUGAUCUUACCUACAAGUUAACAUUGGAAUUUCCACCCAGUUAUCCAUAUAGUGCUCCUGUAGUCCGCUUUCUGACACCUUGCUUUCAUCCAAAUGUAGAUACCAAUGGGAACAUUUGUUUGGACAUACUGAAAGACAAAUGGAGCGCACUGUAUGACGUACGCACUAUUUUACUUUCGAUACAGUCCCUUCUUGGAGAACCUAACAAUGAAAGUCCACUUAAUCCUGAGGCAGCAGAGAUGUGGAAUAAUCAAACAAAAUACAAGAAACGUCUGGAAGAAUACAACAGGGAUCGAGCGCAAAACAAACAUAAUCAAGAUGAUUCAUGAUAAGCCAUAUAAUCCAUUUCGAAUCAUUUAAUGUUACUUCUAUCAUAAGAUUAUGAUUAAGUGUAAGAUUGAUCCGGAUUUUAUGCACUUUUCUCUUAAAAAUCUCGUCGAUCACUGGUAAAUGUAAUUCGGAUUUCUUUCUCUCCUAAAUGCAUUGACUACAUUCUUUGCGAAUUACGCGAAUAUUGUAUUUUUAGUAUUUAGUAUCCCGCAAAAUUUUUUGUAGGAAACUUUUGUAAGAAUCGUAAGACAAAUUCACAUAAUCACUGACUAAUCAAGGCAGUUGCGCAAGGACUAUAAUUUAUUUAUUUGCCAUGUAGAAAACGUAUAUUGUAUAUCUUUCAAUCAUAACUGCCAUCGAUCGUAUACACUUAACGUAUUUUUUUUUCUCAUUUUUACUCCAUUAUUGUACAAUUCCAGAAUAAAUAUUUUAAUGAUCAUAA